GUUUAAAGAACAAGAAUAACGUCCGUUUCCUCUAGUUCCAUGUGGCUGUACUGAGAUAAAACCUAACUACGCCUUGCCGUUAAAGUUGUACUAUUUGGAGUUAAAAAAAAAUUUUUUUAAACAAUCGGAGAAUUCACAACACUCGUGUGAGGAGCUAAAAAUGCAGCACGACGAUGUUAUCUGGGAUGUCAUAGGAAACAGAGCGUUCUGUUCCUUCAAAGUCAAGACAAAGGUUCAGAACUUCUGCCGGAAUGAAUACAAUAUAACUGGACUUUGUAAUAGGUCAUCCUGCCCACUAGCAAACAGUCAGUAUGCAACUAUAAGAGAGGAGAAAGGUCAAUGUUUCUUAUAUAUGAAGGUUAUUGAGAGGGCAGCCUUCCCUGCCCGAAUGUGGGAGAAGGUGAAACUUAGUAAGAACUAUGAGAAGGCUCUGGAACAGAUUGACCAGAACUUGAUCUAUUGGCCCCGUUUCAUCAGACACAAAUGUAAACAGCGCUUCACCAAGAUCACACAGUACCUCAUCCGUAUCCGCAAGCUCACACUCAAACGACAGAGGAAACUGGUUCCCCUUAGCAGAAAGGUGGAGGCAAGAGAGAAAAGGAAAGAGGAAAAGGCCCUGAUUGCUGCACAGCUUGAUAACGCAAUAGAGAAAGAACUGCUGGAGAGACUGAAACAAGGAACGUAUGGCGACAUCUACAACUUCCCCAUCCAUGCCUUUGAUAAGGCACUGGAGCACCAGGAUGAGGAGAGUGAGACUGACUCGGAGGAGGAGGAGGAGGAGGAUGACGAGGAUGUUGGAAAGAAAGAAUUUGUCGCUGAGGGUGAAAUGGAAGAGAGCGAUCUCAGUGACUUUGAGGACAUGGACAAUCUGAAGGCAGGCAGCGAUGAACAGGAAGAAUCCAGUGAAGAAGAGGACGAGUCUGAAGAAGACAUGGAAGAGGAGACUGAGGCCUCAGGCUCCAAAGGGAAGUCAAAAGGAAAGAUGCCCCUCAAAGGCACGGCAUUCAGGAAGAAAAGGGCCUACGUGGAGAUCGAGUAUGAACAGGAGACUGAGCCUGUCCCCAAAAGCAAGGCAACAUAGUCUUCCUCUGACAUGGACUCUAGGCCUUUCUUAGUUUGGAAGGUUAACCUGCUUAUGUUGUCUGGAAGGAUUACUACUACUGGAAUGCAUCAAGCCUUUAGGUUCUUUGAGCUGUAAAGAAUCUUGUGCCUAACGGGACUGUACUUCCAGCAACUUCUCAAUGUAUCACUCCCGGUGAAGAUUUUAUGAGAUGGGGCUUGAUCCCUGUUAACAAUAAAUGAUUACAUGGUGUAUGACUUGGGCCAAUUUGAAAUGAGCUAAUUUAGACCCAUGAUUGCAAUUUGCUUACUGUCUUAGUUUUUCACCUAUUAUGAUUCCUCUUUUGCCCAUUAUUGUUCAAAUUAAUAAAUCUCACAAUGCUGAGUA